UGUCUUAUGGAUAUUUUCCCGUUUUUGUGGCUGAAUGACGUUUGCUUGCCUGAAUUUCUAAUUUAAACAAAAGGAUGAUUCGUCAACAGCAUAGAGAGGCAGAAUGGAUGGUGUGCGCCAUUCUUCUUUGUUUAUCUGACUGGUCUGCAGCUCAGAUUUCCUACUCUGUUUCCGAGGAGGUGGACAAAGGCACAGUGGUGGGGAACCUCGCAAAGGAUUUAAACAUUCAUACACAACAAUUGGAGGAACGGGGAUUUCGAAUUGUAUCGGGAUACAGUAAGAACUAUUUCGAGGCUAAUUUGAGAACAGGAGCUUUGGUUGUUAACGACAGGAUAGAUCGUGAAGAGCUUUGUCCGAAUCUACCUAAGUGUACCUUAAAUAUAGAGGGACUAUUGAGCCAUCCUAUGAAUAUGUAUCGCAUUGAGGUCAGUAUUGUGGACAUCAAUGAUAAUGCACCAUCAUUCCUCGAGCAAACCCAUGUGUUUAAUAUCUCCGAGUCUUCUUCGACGGGAGAGAGGUAUCCGCUCCCAAUAGCUCAGGAUGCAGACACCGGCAGUAAUUCAGUGAAAACCUACAAGUUAAAUCCGAACGAGCAUUUCUCUAUAGAUGUGAGUAGUGGAGGAGAGAGUGCGUCCGCUGAGUUAGUGCUGCAGAAAGCUUUAGACCGAGAGAAACAACACACUUUUAAAGUAACAUUAACCGCUGUAGACGGAGGGAAACCUGCAAGGUCUGGCACUAUGCACAUUUUUGUGAAUGUGAUAGAUGUUAAUGACAACACGCCUUCGUUUAGCAAGCCGCUUUAUAAGGUAAGAGUCAGCGAAAAUUCCCCCAUAGGUACAACAAUAUUGAAACUAAAUGCAACUGAUUUAGAUGAAGGGUCAAAUUCAGACAUCCGAUUUCAUUUAAUGAGAAGAGGAAAUGUGGACUCUCCUGAAAAAUUCAUUGUUAGUCCUGAAAGUGGUGAAAUCACUGUGAAGGCUAAAUUGGAUUAUGAAGAAAGCAAUGCAUAUGAAUUACGAGUACAAGCAACAGACCAGGGCGCUUCCCCUCGCAGUGGUUAUUCUAAAGUGCUGGUGGAGGUUGUCGAUGUCAAUGACAAUGCACCAGAAAUCUCUAUAACUUCACUAAUGAGUCCAGUAAAGGAAAGUGCUGAAAUUGGAACAGUUGUUGCAUUGGUGACUGUGACUGAUAAAGAUGGAGGGCAAAAUGGCCUUACCACUUGUCAAAUUAAAGACUCAGUCCCUUUUACAUUAACGUCAAAUUACAAAAACUAUUAUUCUCUGAUAGUUGACGGUCUCCUUGACAGAGAGAUUGUGUCACAGUACAAUGUAACCAUCACUGCCACCGACGAAGGUAGUCCACCUCUUUCUAGCACAGCUGUAAUUACUGUGCAAGUUUCAGAUAUUAAUGACAACGCGCCUCGUUUCCCAGAAGGCAAUAUAAAUAUUUACAUUAAGGAGAAUAGUAAAGUGGGAGAUAUUAUUACAACAACAAGUGCACAGGAUGCAGACACAAAUGAAAAUGCUAAAGUGACUUAUUCAUUAAUGGAUACUUAUCCGAAAGGUUUUCCAAUUUCAUCAGUUGUAAACAUCAACUCAGAGACUGGAGAUAUAGUCAGCCUGCAGUCUUUUAACUACGAGGAGUUAAAAACGUUUCAGUUUAAAGUUCAGGCCACAGACUCUGGUGUUCCUCCGCUCAGCAGCAACGUGACUGUGAACGUUUUAAUCCUGGAUGAAAAUGACAAUAAUCCAACAAUUCUGGCGCCCUACUCUGAGCACGGCUCCGUUAACAGUGAGAGCAUCCCCUAUUCUGCUGAAGCGGGAUACUUUGUGGCAAAGAUCAGGGCUGUAGACGCAGACUCUGGAUACAAUGCGCUGCUUUCUUAUCACCUGUCUGAGCCCAAAGGAAACAACCUCUUCCGGAUCGGAACCAGCACCGGAGAAAUCAGGACUAAGAGGAGAAUGAGUGACAAUGACCUGAAAACUCACCCCUUGGUGGUGUUGGUUUCUGAUAACGGAGAACCCUCCCUGUCAGCUACUGUGUCUAUUGAUGUGGUGGUGGUUGAAAGCACAGCUGACAUCCAGACUCAGUUCAGACACGUGCCCAUAAAGGAGGAGAGCUUCUCUGAUUUAAACCUGUAUCUGCUGAUCGCCAUCGUGUCGGUGUCAGUGAUCUUUCUGCUGAGUCUCAUCAGUUUAAUAGCUGUCAGAUGCCACAGGACAGACGGCAGUUUCAGCAGGUACAGCGCCCCAAUGAUCACCACCCACCCUGACGGGAGCUGGUCUUACUCUAAAUCUACUCAGCAGUAUGACGUGUGUUUCAGCUCAGACACGCUGAAGAGUGACGUAGUGGUUUUCCCCGCACCGUUUCCGCCUGUAGAUACUGAGCUGAUCAGUAUAAACGGAGGAGACACUUUUACCAGAACUCAGACUUUACCCAGCACAGACAAGGUAUGGUUCUUCACUGAAGCGCUUUCAGUUUGCAAUUGACAUGAUUUACAUAUU